UAAGAUUACUCUUGUGAGCCUAAGAACAGGUAUAAAAACCCACUGUUUUGCAUCACAUUCACUUUAGUCUUCCUGGAAGUGUUUAAGAUGAUUCGCGAAAUCUGCCUUAUUGGUCUUCUCUGUGUUGCUGGAGUUUUCUCCAGGUCUCUCGAGGAUGAUGUUCAAAAGGACGUCCCAUCGUGGUCUGAAGGAUGGGAGGGUUUCAUUGUUGGUGGUCAGAAUGCUGUUGCCGGACAGUUCCCCCAUAUGGCUUCCUUAAGAUCAACAGCCAACAGUCAUUUCUGCGGUGGCUUCAUCAUUAACAACCGCUGGGUUGUUUCAGCUGCUCACUGCACCAUUAAUCGCACACCUGCCAAUACGUGGAUUGUUGUUGGAGGUCUUCAGCUCAGCACUGGUGGCACCAAUGUCUUCACAAGCGCUGUUGUGAAUCAUCCCAACUACGUCCCACAGACACUCGCCAAUGACAUCUCCCUCCUCCAAAGUCGUGACAACAUUGCCUUCAGUAAUUUAGUUCAAGCUAUGGAAGUUGGAUCCACCUUCAUUGGUGGUGGUCUUCAAGCUACUGCUGCUGGAUGGGGACGUCUAGGAGCUAAUCUUCCUCUUGCCAAUACUCUUCAGUGGUUGAAUACACAGACUCUCACCAAUGCUGAAUGCCGCACCAGGAUGCCAGCAGGACCUGCCAACAGUGUCUUCGACAAUACCAUUUGCGCCUUCACCCAAUCUGGUCAGGGUAUGUGCAACGGUGACUCCGGAUCGGCUCUCUUCAUCGGCAACAGUGCCAUUGGUGUUGUUUCCUGGGGUAUUGGGCCAUGUGCUGGAGGUUUCCCCGACAACUUUGCCCGUGUCUCCUCCCACCGUGACUGGAUUCUAUCCCAUGCUGGUUAAACCAACGACCAUUUAUGCUAUCAGUUGAUACGUGAAUAAAUUCAAAUUUUAUUAACAGA